CAGUUGGUGGCGAUGCACCAAGAAAACUUGCCGAGGGAGAGUCAGGCUGACUGUGGAGGGAAUAACCUUAGUGGAACAGCACAACCAUAGCCCACUAACCUCUGUCGAUAGCUACUCGUCAAUGCUGUUGUGAUCUGCGGGCUGAUGGCAGCGCAGGCAGGGCUGGUGGGCGUGGUUACUCCCCCAUCUGGGCCAGGCAUGGCCACUUGUCCCAUUUGUAGGCGAGAUUUCCGAGGGCCAUACCAUUCUACCCUCCUCAGGCGCCACAUGCGGACCCACACUGGGGAGAAACCUUACGGCUGUCCUCACUGUCCUUACCGUGCCAACAUCUCGAGCAACCUCACUCGACACAUGCGUUCCCGUCACCCAGAGAGUCCAAGUCUGCUGCGGCCACACUCCCAUAUUCACCACCACCAUCAUCACCAUCAACAGCAACAGCAUGAUCAAGAGCCCUCAGGGCUACACAGAGAGCUACAUCUCAGCCUUCCAGAGCCAACUGGAGAAACCUGACUUACAUAGAGCGUACACUAUGUCCAUUUCACUGUAUCAAAGUGGAGCAUCAGAUAUUUUACACCAAAAUACACCAGAAUAACAUCAAACAGUUAUUAUUAUUAAAGACAGUGAAGCAUUUUUUUAAUAUUAUGCAUUGAAUUUUUAAGAAAACUUCAUUGCAAAAUAUUUCUUUAACUUUGGUUGUGUGAGAGGAGGCCUUCAUAUUGCUUGUCACUAACAGUAUGCACAUCAGUGUUUUAGCUAGCAAUGCAGGAAAUAUUGUUGCCAGAUCUUGUUGCACCUUAUUGGAACUUUCAAUAUAGCUAAUGUUGAAAACUAACUGCAGAAGUAUACCUCAAGAUUGCUCUUCCAGGACAUAUUUUAUUGAAACCUAUCAAUAGUUUUGAGUUGUUGAUCUGUACACAUAUACCAAAUAUGCAACUUCAUAAUAUGCAUUUGCUUCUGAGGUAAAUUUUGUGUACAUAAAACUGUUCACUCUUUGGGAUUUUGGAAAUAUUUUGAACAAAGAGACAUUGAUAAUGCCUUAUAAACAAAGCUAGCAAAGCUAUGAGUCUGCCUGUGUUACUGGAAAACAUAUGGAGAAUAUGUUCACCUGUACUGAAAGUAAGAUCAUGGAAAUUGGUUUUCUGACUUUAGUUAUGUUGCACCAUAACACAGUUGUACAUACAAACUAUAGUGAUAUCUCUGAUUUAUUGGUUUUACUGUUGAAAUAUCACCUUUUUAUAAAGGUGUACUUAGUUA